CAGACUAAUGGAUCUGCAGCAAAGUCUAAAAGCUGUAAAGUUGUACCUCAAGCUGGUUGCUGUAAGGAUGGUGAGUUUGCAAUAAUUGUAAAAAUUGAUUUACAGCAGAAUGAUUAUCCAUGGAUGUUGAAAAAAAAAAAAAUUCUUCAUAGUAGGUUAAAAUUUACCACACAUUGAGCCAAAGGCCAGCAAAAUACAUUAAAGGAUUUGCAUUAGUGGGAUCAGAUCAGUUCAAUCAAGUUGCUCUGCAGGUUCUGUGGUUUCAUCAAUAGUUCAGUUGUGCUUCAUUAAUUGCCUCUGUAUUUUUUCAAUAGGCAAAGAUGGAAAGGAUGGACAACAUGGUGGGUCAGCCAUUAAUAUGCAGCAAUUUUCCUUUAUUAUUAGGCUGCCCGUGAGGCUGCGUAACACUCAAAUUAUCAAGAAAUGAGAAGCAAAUUCACAUUGUUAAGUUGUUUACUUUUUCUUUUGAAAAAGAUCCUCCCAACACUAUAAGCUGUGCUCCUAAAAUUUUCAGCUGUGCACCUAAAAUUUUGGCAGCGCAGCUAAAAAUUUACAUCUGGUAGCACAAAUGCUGCCCAAACUCAAAUUUAAACUUUGAGCCCUGUUAAAAAAGUAUUUCAAACACCAAAAUUAACCCAGUGUCACAUUUUAUAGCCAUAGAACAACAAUAAUUUUUGGAAUUUCCUGUUAGAUCAGAUUAGUCACGUUACUACUGUCAUGUCAUGCUAUAUUUUCGGUGGCAGAGGAAUGGGAGUGAGAUGUGGAAAUGUCCUAGUUGAAAAUAAUGCCAAUCGUUUCUAGCUCUAUCCCAUUCUCCAGGUUAGCAGUAGCUAUACGCUCAAGCGGGCAAAAAGUGUAAAUUUUAUAAUGUACUGGUAUAUAACUUCCCAAAAUAAUAAACCACUGCACCCCAAUGAACCCCGACUAUAUGGGGUUCUCAUGACAACUGACAUUAAUGCAGCCAUGAUUAUAGGUUAAGAAAUAAUGCCUCCACGGCCACUGGUAUAAUUAAGUGUUGUUUUUGGUUUGCAGGAAAAGAUGGACGCGAUGGAGUUAAUGGUGAGGUACAUUUUAUGUUCCUGUCAUUCUCAAAAUAAAUCUUAGCCAUGGGGCUCAUUCUGUUCAUUUACUGCAGUAACAUAUUUUUGCAACAUUCUUCUCCCCUUCCCUCUUAGCUGGUUGUCUGUGUUCUACCCUAGCUUUUAGACAAUUCAUUAGGCUGUUCUCUAAGAAAAAUUAAAGGGAGCCCUGGAUGCUCUGUAUCUGUGAAAUCCAGGGUACCAAGUGUAGGACUUUUUUUGAUAAAGCGAAGAUGUCCUUUAGGGGCCACUGGUUGCUGCUAGAGAAUCAGCCCCGUAAUGUGAAUAUUACAUUUUGUUAAUUGUUUUGAACACAGGAAAAGAUGGCCGUGAUGGACGAGAUGGCAGUGGAAUAAAGGUUGGCCUUUCUUAAUGUUAACGCAUUGUUUUCUCUUUUUGCUUGAAAAGUUCAGGAAUAAAGCAAACCAGGGAACUGUAUAUCUCAGACAUGGUCUCUGUAGUGGGAAGAUAACAUGUUGCCAAAAAGAAGUUUUACUUUAUUUAAACUAACAUUUUGAAGCUUGAGGUAACGUAAAAAUUUAGGCUUUCCCUUUUCAGAGAAAGAAGAGGAAGACAUAAAAUAAUUUUAAAAAAAAUCAAUAACCUUAAGGGGCACUGUCACUAGGUAUAUUUGCAACAAUGGAAACAGGACAGAAAAAAUAAUUUUAGUCAUAUGUUUUCAUUGUUGCAAGCCUUAACAAAAAAGGAACAAGUUAUUGCUAGUCAUUCAUAUACUGCCUUACGAAAAUUGCUUGCUUGCCUGAAGAGGUUAAUUACAUUGCAUUUUUAUGUGAGUAUGACUUGUCAGUUCCUUUGCUCUUUAGUCAAUUGAGCUUGAAGUUACUUGCCUGGCACUUAAAGGGUGGGGAACUUGUCUCAAAACCUCCAGCUGAAAAUUUUUUGAGCCCUGGUUUUUUUACCAGUCUUUGAAGUUAAUAUCUUUUUGCCUGAGCGUGGUAAAUCCCCUGUCCCCAAUGCCAAGGGGCCUGGAUCCAAAAUAUAAUGAUUAUAUUUUAUCCAGGCCCCUUGGCAGUGGGGACAGGGGAUUUAUUGAUUUAAGACACUAUUAGGUACAAGUUAGAGUAAGCGACGCGGUCAACCCCCCAUGAUUUCAAAUAUUGAGAAUUGAUAGCAAAGGGAUCAUAGAUGACGUCAUAACGCAGGGCGCGUGACGUCAUUUGUGCAAAAAAUACCUGUUGACUCCGAUCGCCACGAAUUUGCGAUGACGCAAAACGUGUGAAAAAGAUGUUGUUGGCAUUGUAAUGUUUAACUUGAUUGGUUUACUUCUCACCAAUCUCGUUAAUUUUUAUAUUACAAUGGCAUACUGGAGUUAAUGAGGAAACGUUCGAUGUUAACAGUACAAAAAUAGCUCAAACAACGCAAAAUAUUUGAAAUUUUAUUGUCACAAAGUCAACUCUACAAGAAAUAGCAAAAUUCGGCGCGAUUAUCCGGGAGAAUUCAUACUCUAAUCUGGAGACUGGGAGAUACGGUCCAAAAUCUGGAGUCUCGUAGAUUAUCCGGGAGAGUUGACAGCACUGAGUAACCUUCCUUGCCCUAUUCCAUGGUUAUACAAAUAUGCACGUAGUCACUAAAGCAGGUGUAUCUAGAUAAACUCAGAACUGCAUGUAAUGUUAAUUUAAAUAUGGGCAUGGAGCAGUUUUGGUCACUUUUAAACUAAUUGCAUUAAUUAUGUGUUGACUUUUAAUUUUUCGUAAUUUUGUUACUGUUAAUGAAUAAACGUUAUUUAGUGGUAGCAAGUCCAUGAAGCGGUUCUUCACCUACCACAUUCAAAAAGCAAUGUGCCACCCCAUAACUGCAGCACCCGUGCACCAUCAUUUUUCUCCAAUAAGGCUGAAGUUUCUUAAAAGAUAAAUAAAAGAUGAAUAAAAUUAAUAGUAAUAGUCAUCUUCUAAGUUCUAGUGUUAAUUUGUCAGUUUGCGUUUCACCUUGUAAACAUCUAUGUCAGGGAGAAAAAGGAGAAACAGGGAAACCAGGAAGAGAUGGAAGUGCAGGUGUUAAGGUAUUAUAAAUAUGUACGGCUUUUCAAAUGGAGGUUUUUAGUUUCUGGAUCCGUACACUUGUAUCUCUCCAUAAAACAUCAGUGAUCAUAUUGGGUGCACAAAUGUCUUUUGUGUGUUUAAUUUUUGGUUGGACUAAGCAAAAUGAUCAAAAUUAUAACCAGACCAGUUAGCUUUAUUUUGAUCACACCACAGUAUAGAUUGUCUCUAUUUGUUAUUUACCAUCUUCAUCAUCAUCAUUGUCACUCCUUUGUCACAGUUUGCUUUAAUUACUUAUUGUUAUUGUUAUUGUUAUUAUGUUUUUCUUCUUUCACAGUUCGUACUGUCCAGGGCUCCGAGAAGCGCCCAGUUUCCUUGGGAGCGGCUGGGGGGGAGUUUUCAUUUAAUUUGUAGACAGCACUUUUUGUAAAAUAUGGGCUGUGCUUAGAAGACUGAUCUUUGAGAGUUCUUCGAUAUUGAUAUUUUUAUUGAUAUUCAUUUUUUCCACGUAUUUUCCCAGGCCCGUUUUUAGUAGGCCAAGAGCUCCAAUAUUUACAGGCACAAUUUCUGUUUUAAGGCCCCAUAUCCUAGAGAUUUCAAUCUCUAAUUCCGUAUACUUUGAAAGCUUUUCAAUCAUUUUGACAGAUGAUGAUGAUGUUGAUGAUGGUGAUGAUGACGAAGAUGUUUGUUAUUACGUCUUGUUUAGCAGUUCUUACUGCUCAGAUCUCCGAGGAGCUACCAGUUUCCUUGGGAGUGGCUGAGAGGAGGGGGGAGUCGCUAUUAUCUCGUUGGUAGAGCACUUUUCUUAAAAUGCGGCUGAUCUUUUGGAGGUCCUCGAUAUUGAUGUUUCGAGGGAUUCUGUUGACGUAUUUUCCCAGGCCCUUUGUAAGCAGGCCAAGUGCUCCUUAUUAUUUCUGUUGCAGGGGGUGAAAGGAGAACCAGGAAUGGAUAAAAACAGUAAUGGUGGUGUUAAAGUAAGUGUCAGUUUCAUGACCUUUUUUCUCUGUAAGAAAGAACACUUUAACAACCUUGAUCAGUUCUCCAACAUGGAUUUCCCUUCAAUCAAAUAUUUGUUUUUUUUUUUCUGCCAACUAAUUUUCAGUGUCCAAAACAAAAACGAAGGCACAUGCUUUAUCCAACACAGCGACAAACACUAUUCAUUCAAUUUUCAUCUCCCUCACGCUUCUAAAUGUUACAUUCGACCUGUUAGUUGGUAUGUCCGAGUUGGCGCUCGACCAAACUAACUAACAGGUCGAAUUUUAUUUCUCCACGGAUACCUUUCUGGUACAAAACAAUUACCGCAUGUAACUUUAAGUUUUCUUCUUGUAUCGCUAUAGUAAAGGAUAAAGUGGUGAUCAGGUUUUAAAAUUUCCGAGUUUUUUGGCUAUCUACUAGAAUAUUAAUAUAUGUUCAUUAUAAUUAUAAAUGCUUUGUUUAAUAAGGGUGAGAAGGGAUCUCGUGGCGACAAAGGUUCCCAAGGAGAGAAGGGAUCACAAGGACAAAAAGGAAUUUCGGGAACGUGUGAUACAAAGGUAAUUACCACCUUACAACUCCCAGAUUUUCACUCUUUAUAACCUUUGGUGAUAAUUAUCCUUAUAAUAUCAUAGGUGACGAAUUACUCCUUAAUUUUGGCGCGAAAUUUCAGCGUUAAUUUGUAAUUUCACAUGUGAAAUUACAAAAAUACCAUGGCAACCUUGAGGUAUUUGCCGCAAGAUAUUUGGGCUUUUUUUGACAAAGGGUGAAAAAGGAUCUCAGAUGAAGCUUCCCAGAUCAUCAUUACUGUCAUUUUGAACGGCUGUAUUCCCGCCCUUAAGUGCUUUUCGAUGGAAAAACUAGUUUUGGAAAUAUUCAGUGUCCAUUUCUGAGAGGUGUCCGUGUUUAUUAAGGAUACUUUAGAAAAUGACUGAACUACCUCAGGUGCUAACACUUGGUGACACUUGGGGUCUGAUUUUGGGAGAUGCUAUUUAAAAAAACAAUGACUGUAUAGGGAGUGUUUCAUAAAUAACUACAUCAGCAGAUUGUUAGUUUUGUAAUUAAAUUGUAUUUUGUUGUCGUUAUUUUGUGUUUUAGAGCCUAUCUUCUAGCAAAUCAAGGUGCUGUUUAACCGGUAAGAACAUUUUAUCAUUAUUUUAUUACUGUUGUCUAUGAUAUACAUUGAUUUAAUGGAAUUAGAAGAGUUUACGAAUUUUAAUUUUAUAAAAACGUGACUUCUCUACAGUGAAAUUCAAGAGUAGAGCACAUAUUAAGUAACCUUCCUUUGUUAUUUUUUUUUCUGUUGUGAAGUAUUUUGACUUAUCCUUAAAGUUGCGUUUUUGUUUCAUUGGGGGGUCAUGGUUGGUUAGGAUUAUGUUCUCUUGGUGUUUUCCUGUUUUAAUCUUAUGUUUUCACUCGUACUUCAAAUUAUGCUUGGCCUUCAAAUUCACUUAAUUCCGUUUCUGAAAUAUUUUUGACAUGUCCUUGUCAGAAGUGAGUUUUAUACUGGAAGUUGUGUUUGUGAGUUCAGAGCUGACUUAGGGUAUUAAGCCUUGUUGAAUUAGUUCCUGUUUGGGUUCGUUAACCAACGUUGUUAGUUUUUCAUUGGGUCGCAGCUUCUUGCCAAUCGCAGCCGUUUAGGCCCAGAGAUAGCAAAACAUUACCCACACUGAGUUUGCCAGCCUUCUUUUAUUCUCACGGUCAGCAAACCCAAACAUCUACCCUGGUCCCAGAGGUUUUUCUUGAUUUUUCUUCGCGAAAGAGAUCAACAGCAAGCCGCGAAGCGGCGACAACGAGUCGCGUAAGCGACGAGGAGAGAGAGAAAAACCUCUGGUUACCUUGGCCUCGAAUCUCACUUUCAUGCAGACGACAGCUGUCAAACGCGUCAAAUUGCUGAUAAAAAGAGUGACCAAUGGCAACUUAGCAAACACGUGCUUAUCAGCCGCUAUUUUUUUAAGUGGGGGUAGACCUGGGCAAAUUAUGUUAUGAACAAACCAUCUUCACUUGGGUGGUAAAGAGUGAUUUGUUAAUCGGGGUCAAGCUAAAGCAUGUGUUAACGAUGGGCGACAAGAGUCCAGGAAUAAGAAGACCACUUUAUAAAGAAACCGACAUUGUUCCAAACGAAUGCUGCAGGAUUUGCAGAAUUUAUUUGGGUAUAAUAACAAGGAUUUUUCACAAACAUUGUCAUCUGUUCUGUCGGCAGUGUGCAAGCGGGAAGUUGUAAAGUUUGCAAGAGUCUAUCAAUCGCGCUUAUUACAUUGUUUCCUUCUGCGGGGCGCGCCGUUCGCGUCGAUUCGCGGGCAUUCCCCUGAAAAUAGUAAUAUUAAUAUGUAUUCUGGCAAUCUGGCUCGCAUUUUGGUUUGGUGGCUCCAUUUCCUUUUUUUGUGGAACAACGACGCUAGGAAGAGUCAUGCAGCAAAACAAACCCUUAAGGUUCGGAAUGUACUUUCAGAGGUUUUUGUUGGCCCAAUAGACCUAUUUGGCUAACUCAAUGUACCCAAUUCAAACCGUUUGGGAAUAAAACGUUUUGUUUCAGGAAUUUCCAUAUCAUUUAAAUGUGAAUGCCACAUUAUAAUGCAAAUGCAAUACACAAAGAAUCUUAUCCCCGGGAGAUUUGAAUUGGGUACAACAUUGAGUUAGCCGAAUAGGUCUAUGCCAAAAAUAGCGUCGGUUAGAUCUUUUUUGGGCGUCGCAGGAAAAUCAAGCUGCACCGAAAAUGAUUACGCACUUGUACAAAGUUGUAUGUUUUUUUCCUACAAGGAAACUUUCAUUCCGUAUUCGGAGAUUUUUUAUUUUGCUGCCCUAAACAAGUUAGUUUAUUUAAUGGAAUGACAGUAUUGUAACAGAAAAUAUACUUUCCAUGUCCGGUUGAUAAAAUGGUGAACACAUCCUUUCGACUCAACGCAGCGAACAAAGCUUUCUUUUGUUGCUCAGUGAGACUCGGGAAAGCGCUCAUUAAGUACCGAGGUCAAAAUUUCUUCGAAUAUUCUUUCAGGAACAACAUCCAUGGCGUGCCUCUACGUGCCUUGGUCCCGUGCAAAUGUUAUUGCGAGUGCAGCAUACAAACAAUUUUCUUCCCUAGUAGAGAGAGGCAAAAUGAGGUGUGAAAAUCCUCAGCGUCCCCUCGGUAGUUACAAUUAAACGAGCCAAUCAAAUUGGUUUGCGUGUUUGAAAAACUAUCAACCAAUCAACGCCCGAGGGUCAGAUCCUGACCCUGUCGUCAGCAUGAAAGUGAGAUUCGAGGCCAAGGUAACCAGAGGUUUUUCUCUCUCUCCUCGUCGCUUUCGCGACUCGUUGUCGCCGCUUCGCGGUUUGCUCUUGAUCUCUUUCGCGAAGAAAAAUCAAGAAAAACCUCUGGGACCAGGGUACCAAACAUCACCAGGUUUGGCUAUAAAAGGCUCCACUAUUUGGAUUGUUAGGAGUAGGAGUAGGAGUUAUUAGUGAUUAGUAUGAACCAGCUGUUAGUUGUAGAAGCUAAAGAAGAAUAAAGAAGUGAGAAGAUGUAAAAGGAGAUUUCGGGUACCUUCUCGCUUAUUUUAGCUGUUUUGUUCUGGUGAUUUCUUAAUAACAAAGAUUUUCAACAUUUUUUUUUUCUUGUGGAAGAUUGCUCUAUUGGAUUCCACUUCUUUGAGAAAGUUCAAGAUCUACCAACCCGAGGAGCAGUAGAUGUGGAACAUUUCACCAUUGAUGGAAGCUUGUUUCUUGCUUUUGCCAACUAUCAUGGGGACAUUAAAAAGCACAAGACAGGUUCCAUGAUCUAUAAGAUGGACAACUCAACUGGAAGAUUGUCUUUGUACCAGAUCCUGCAGACAAGAGGAGCUUUUGACCUGGAGUACUUUUCUAUCGCAAAGAAACAUUUUCUUGCUGUCGCUAAUCGUUACGAUGGAACAUACCUGCGGGACUCUACAGUCUAUCAAUGGAAUGGAAAGCUGUUUGUCGACUUUCAGAAAUUGUCAACAAACGGAGCAAAUCACUUCACGUACUUCAAGAUGUACGGGGAGAAGUAUCUCGCAGUAGCCAACCACCAUGACGGAAGUACCCACUCUACAAAGUCAGUUAUCUACAAAUGGAACAGCGGCAAGUUUAACAGAUUUCAAGACAUACCAACUGAAGGUGCCUUCGGAUGUACAGCGUUUGUGAUAAACGGUGACACAUUCAUCGCUUUUGCAAACUAUUACAACUCCCAACACAAGUAUUCUGUUCAGUCCACUGUGUUCAAGUGGUCAGGAGGUCGCCUUGUUAAACUGCAGUCUCUCCAGACUUAUGGAGCAUUUGAUGUCAUGUCUUUUAACAUUAACACUCACACAUUCCUUGUCUUUGCCAACCGCUACUCUGGAAGUAAACACAACAUCGACUCCUUCGUUUACAAGUGGAAUGGCAACAAGUUCGUCCUGUUCCAGUCCUUACCUACUCACGGGGCUGUCGCUUGGCACCCAUUUAUGAUCAGCGGUCAAACGUACCUGGGUGUGUCUAAUUACUAUGAUGACAGUAAGAAACACAACACUCAGUCAGUUGUGUACCAGGCCUCUGGAGCGCAGUUCAUCAAGUACCAAGAGAUUUCAACAGAUGGAGGGCAUGGUAUGACGUCAUUUGAGUACAAAGGUCAUACUUACCUUGCAGUGGUAAACCAUUACAACAAGAAAUAUAACCUAAACAGCGCCCUGUACAAGUGGGUGUAG